AUGACAUCCAUAAAAACCACCACAGACCUCAACGGCACUAGCCAUGCCCCCGCCCCCGCCCCCACCACCCAAGACUCCCCCUCAAUCUACACAACCGUGCAAAACGGCUACAGCCGCAUCGCCUCCCAACCCCACUCCACCGCCUACAGCACCACCAUAGCCUCCGCAUUUGGCUACUCCGAAGCCGAACUCACCGACGUCCCCGCGGAGUCGAAUCUAGGGCUCAGCUGCGGAAAUCCUUUGGCGCUCGCCAGUAUUCGCGUGGGGGAGACGGUCGUGGAUUUGGGAAGUGGAGCGGGUUUUGAUGUUUUUCAGGCUGCGAAGAUGGUUGGACCGGAGAGGAAGGGGGGAGGGCGGGGAGGGUUUAUCAAAGAAAAGAUCGGUGCGAAAAACACAGAGUUCGUCGAGAGCCCGAUCACGAAGAUCGACCUUCCGGGGGGUAUGGCGGAUUGUGUCAUUAGCAAUUGCGUAAUCAAUCUUGUGCCGACGGGAGAGAAGCAAUUGGUUUUUGAUGAGAUGUACAGAUUGUUGAGGUCGAAGGGGAGGGUGGCGAUUAGCGAUAUCCUACUAAGGAAAAAUCUGCCGGAGGAGUUGAGGGGGAGUAUGGCGCUCUAUGUGGGGUGUAUUGCUGGUGCGUCGAAGGUGGAGGAAUAUCAGAGGUACUUGAGCCAGGCAGGUUUCAGAGAUGUUUUGAUUGUACCUGAUCAGAGUGAUCUCAAUGUCUACAAGACGGCUAGUAAAGACGAUCCGGGGGCUAGCAAGGAGACUGGAUGCUGUGGCAGUGGGUGUGGGGGGAAUGUUUCUCUCUCUGGUGAUGAAAAAUCGGUGGUGGAGGAUGCGAAGUGGGCAGACGUCGAUUUCAAUGAGUGGGCUGGCUCGUACAAAGUAUAUGCUGUCAAGCCGUAA